CCUAGGAGGGUGCGCAGAUACAACCUAUCGCCCCGAAGAGAACAUUGCAUUCCGUUUUGUGAGAACCUUCGUUCCCUUACCUCCCCAUUCUUCCUUCUCCACGGCAGUGUUGACCAUCAUAAUGAACAGGGCAGCUCUCCAGUAGCUGACGAUAGGAGUGAAGUCCAAGAAGAACUUAUUGCCCUGUUUAACAGGCAGAUUGAUGUCGGAGAAACCACAUUUUAUGGAGACCAGACAAUGCAGUUGCCGCUUUGGAACCAGUCUGUAUAUGAUGCCACACAAUGCCUCGACCAUUCCCCAUAUGCAACUUUGGAGGAAUUCACGCAACAGUCGGCAAAUUCGAGUUGUGUGAUCAUGAAGGCGAUGGAUAAUGAUAGUCCAAUGGACUGUGGCAUCGGUCCAUGGUCUCUUUCAACCGAGCAGCUUCAGGUAUUUCAAUAUGCGCUUCAUGAAAAUCGAUUGCGUUUUCAUGGAGAUCCAUCAGCAUACCAGGGAUACAGUAACAUUGUGGACUCUCCAGCCGCGGAAAGACAGCCCUCUGUGAAUUUCAAGGUGCACCAAAACGGACAGACGUUGAGUCUCGAAACGGUGGACGGUUUGGAAGACCCGUCGCAACUACGCCCUGCUGUUGAGUCGGAAGCAGACAGCUCAACCCCGGAAUAUCUAGGUGAUGACGACGACUUACAGUACGCAGAAUCUUAUAUGAUUGCUGGGUAUGAGACACUUUCGGAGACAUUGUGAAAUACUGGCCUGGGUUGUCACGUCUUGAAGUUCAUGAGCAACAGGUUCAAUAUAUAAGGCCCGAGGGAAC